AUGCUGACUGACUCUCUGAAUGCAGGCGUCAAGUCGUUCGAGGUCAGCCUCGAUGCGCAAACCGCCCAGGUCAUUACCGAGCCCUCUGUUUCCUACGAGGAUGUCCUGGCCGUCAUCAAGAAGACCGGCAAGGCGGUCACCAAGGGCGAGGCCGACGGCGUCGAGAUGGCUGUUUGA